UGGAAUCAUAGCUGAAAGAUCAUACAGCUAUGACUGUCCUGAGAUCGUCUUUGCGGGCCUUCUCCCGCUCGCCGCUGGCCGGCAAAGUCAACUUAUGCAAGACUUCAACUCGGAGUUUAUCCACAAACAGCAGCUUCGUGCAUAUCUCUGAUCACGUUCAGGAAGCUCUUCAGUCAAAGAAGCCCAUAGUAGCCUUAGAGACAACUAUCUACACCCAUGGAUUUCCCUACCCGGAAAAUAUUGCUCUGGCUUCCCACCUCGAGUCCAUCGUUAGAACGAACGGCGCUGUCCCAGCGACUAUCGGAAUCCUUGAUGGUGUAGCGCACAUAGGAAUGGGAGUGGAAGAGAUUCUCAAGCUCCUGGAGAGAGCUGGACAACAGGAUACAAUUAAAGUCUCGCGCCGAGAUCUAGGGUAUAUUUGCGGGUUGGGUCUCGCAGGGCGUAAGCUAAACGGCGGUACGACUGUCGCUGGAACGAUGGUACUUGCGCAUCUUGCGGGAAUCAAGGUUUUCGCAACAGGUGGUUUGGGCGGUGUUCACCGAGGAGCCGAGAGUAGCAUGGACAUCUCCGCAGAUUUGACAGAACUUGGGCGCACGCCCGUUGCGGUCAUUAGCAGUGGCUGUAAGAGCUUUUUGGACAUUCCACGAACACUAGAAUAUCUCGAGACGGAAGGUGUAGGAGUCGCUACAUUUGCAGACGGCCGUCCGGAAAAAGAAGUCGAUUUCCCUGCGUUCUGGUCCCGCGAUAGUGGUUUCAAAAGUCCUGCCGUAGUUCGGACAGAGGAGGAAGCGGCUGCGAUUAUCCACGCGCAAAGCUCGCUGGGCAUCUCCUCCGGCCUACUUUUUGCUAACCCUAUUCCUACCGAGUUUUCCAUUCCCAAGUCUGAAAUGGACGUCAUUAUCACUCAAGCGCUUAAUGAGGCCGACCAGAAGGGCAUCAUUGGCAAAGAUAAUACUCCUUUUAUCCUCAGCAAAAUUAAGGAAUUGUCAAGCGGAAAGAGCAUUCCUGCGAAUAGAGCACUGAUUGAAGCAAAUGUCAGGAGGGGGACAGCAGUCGCUUUGGCAUUGGCGAAACUGGAAGAGCGAGCUGAAGCCGGCCAGAGGGUCCGAUCUACGCAGCAGUUUUUCCCCGCCGUUCCCAAGACCGACCUGCCUACAUCUGUGUCUAGCCCUUCGUCGUCAGAGCCCGCAAGACCCUCUCAACAGCCGCCUCAGUCGACUCGUGAUACACCCGCAGCGGAUGUUAUCGUAGCAGGCUCCCUCGCAGUCGAUCUUUCUUGUGAUUUCGCUCCAUUGCAAGGAACAGGCUCAGCCGACUUUUCGCCAAAACUUCACACAUCCAAUCCAUCAGUCAUCAGCCAAAGCCUAGGAGGAGUCGGUCACAACAUUGCAAGUGCCGCACAUGCAGUAGGAGCAUCUGUACGCCUCUGUAGUCUAGUCGGCGACGAUCUCAGCGGACGCGCCGUACUCGACAAUCUCAGCAAACGCGGCCUCGGUACAGAAAGCAUUAAAGUAUUGGGCCCCGAAUCCGGCCGGCGCACAGCCCAAUAUGUUGCUGUCAACGAUGCCAAAAAGGAUCUUGUCCUGGCCAUGGCCGACAUGAGCAUUCUGGAGAACCUCGGUGCUAUCCCUACUUCUUCUGAAGGCAUCACUAGCCCUGGAAGCGUCAAAUCACUUUGGAACUCACUCGACUUGGCCGCCUUGCAAGCCAAAUGGCUCGUCGCGGAUGCCAACUGGGACCCGUUAACUCUCAGCGAGUGGAUAAACAAGGGCAAGUCUGCCGGAGCACGCGUAGCAUUUGAACCAGUCUCUGUUGCAAAGUCCGCUCGACUCUUCGCAAAACUUUCUACCUCUUCUUCCUCUUCCUCUUCGGCAUCAAAGCCACUUGGCGUCUUCCCCAACCAGUCUGUCGACCUUGCCACACCAAACAACUUUGAGCUCGCAGCUAUGCACUCCGCCGCACGAGACUCUGAGCAGAUCCUCGAAAGGCAAGACUGGUGGGAAGUCAUUGACGCAAUGGGAUUCUCAGACUCUGGGUCUCGACCCCAGCUCGUUAGCGCAACAAGUUCCGCCCUCGUCGAUCAAGGCGUACCGCAGCAAGCUAUCCAGUUACUCCCCUUUAUUCCUUGCAUCCUCACAAAGCUUGGUGCCCAGGGCGUGCUCUUAACGCAGCUGCUCAGCGCGGGCGAUCCACGCUUGACUGAUCCUGAAUCCGCUCCAUUUGUCAUCUCCAGGUCUUCUUCUUCGUCUUCCGCUGAACAAACUUCUCCUGCAUCGCGCACCACUCAUUUAGGAGGCGUUUAUAUGCGUCUCUUCCCGCCCGCUGAAAUAGUGCCAGACACAGAGGUCGUCAGCGUCAAUGGCGUGGGCGAUACGUUUCUCGGUGUGCUCAUUGCUGGAUUGGCAGCAAGAGCAACUCCGCGAUCUGUCCCUAGUGGUUUAACCCCAGACAUCCAUCUGUCGAUGGAGACUGAGAGAUUAGUUGAUCUGGCUCAAAGAGCGAGUGUCUUGACCCUGAAGAGUAAAGAGGCAGUGAGUCCAGCGAUAGUGGACUUGAAGGGGGAGAUUAGUCUGCAGGGUCAGGAUAACGAGCAGCUGUUUAGCGUGCUUUGAUCGAUGGUGGAUAGGGUAUGAUGCUAUAUUAUAGGGAUAUCAUCUAUUUAUUUAUCUACUAAUUUGUUUUAUUUAUUUAUUUUUUUGGCGAUUUAGUAUACUAGCCAUGGCGUCCAAGUAUUGGGUCUCAUUUAUCUGCGCUG